AUGCCAUUUGACUUCACACCUAACUAUGACGUCUUCCAGCUGGAUGACUUGGCAUGCCACCUCAUCAUGCAGCGUAGGACUGCCACAGAAGGCGCCGAAAAGACAGGGUCUGGUCGCCACUCCCCAGCCUCGUCUGAGUCCUGGGAUGACUUUAAACAGAUUGCGGAUGUAAUUUCUGAUGACUUAACGGCAGACCUCCGACAGAUGCUCGCCGAGCUGGAUCCAUAUGACCAGCCCUGGGUCGCUGUUUACCGCAGCUCAGACUAUGCACGGUUUCCUCGGGAUUGUGCCAUUGUAGGAAGCCGUGAGCGGCUCUUUGCCUAUAGCGAUCGACGAGUCUUUGAUCUCACAGAGUAUGUGGAGAGUCCCUAUGACCUGGAGGAUCUACGAUUUCAGAACUUCUGGCUGUACCAAACCGAAGCAGGCGACUACUUUCUAGUAUGGACACUUGCAUGUGAAAAUGAGAAGAUAAGCACAAUUUACACGGUGUUCCUUUUUGAUGCAGACGAUAAUAUAGUUGUCAUAGGCCAGGGGAAGAUAGAUGCAUUCGUCAAGAAAAUGAGCCUCCAAGGCACAAAUAUAGACUUUAUUGACAAUGAAGGGGAGCCAGGCUCAAGUAAGCUCAACGGUACCAUCAUAUGA